CACAGACUGCUUUGUGAAGAAACUUUCAGUGAAUUAUUCAAAAAACAUUACGUUUUGCCGAUUCUAAAACUUGAGGAGCAAGUAACAGAAGUUCUUGAGAGCUUCAAAAUGGACAGCACAGUGAAUUCGGAAGAGAGUUAUGAUCUGGGUUAUGAGCCUUCGUCUUCUUCAGUGGAUCAAAAUGAUCAAUCACCUACAGAAACACCCGGGUUUUCGAUUCAAAGUGUUGAUUCUUUUCCAUACUGCAGAACAAAUUCAGAGGCUUCAGGCUUCUCAGAAGCCACAGAUGAGAACAGUAGUUCUGAAACAGCCUCUCCUUUGAUCUGGCCUGCCAUGAAAUCUCCUCGUCAGGCUGUUCUUACAAGAAUUGGAAUGAUGCAGAACAAGGUUGGUGAUCAAGACCCUUUAGAUUUAGAGCUUGAAAUGAUGAAGGAAAGAUUUUCAAAGCUAUUGUUGGGUGAGGACAUGUCUGGAAGUGGGAAAGGAGUUUGCACAGCAGUGACUAUCUCAAAUUCCAUAACCAAUCUCUAUGCUUCUGUAUUUGGGCAACAUCUGAAACUACAACCUUUGCACCCUGAGAAGAGGUUGAUGUGGAAGAGAGAAAUGAAUUGCCUAUUAUCAGUUUGUGAUUACAUUGUAGAACUCAUCCCAGCCUCACAGAACUUGCAAGAUGGAACACCUGUUGAGGUGAUGACAAGUGGACCAAGAUCAGAUAUUUACAUCAACCUACCUGCUUUGAGAAAGCUUGAUGCUCUGCUACUAGAAAUACUGGAGAGCUUUGAGGAGACUGAGUUUUGGUAUGCAGAACAGGGGAGUAUGUCUGAAAAGUCGACGAGAUCAGGAUCAUUCAGGAGAGUGGUGCAGCCUCAGCGUGCGGAGGAGAAGUGGUGGUUGCCGGUUCCCUGUGUUCCUCACGGUGGCCUUUCCGAGAAGGCGAGGAAGCACUUGCGGCACAAACGUGACUGUGCUAACCAAAUUCACAAGGCAGCCAUGGCCAUCAAUAGCAGUGUUCUUACAGAAAUGGAAAUUCCAGACACUUACAUUGCUUCACUUCCUAAGAGUGGAAGAGCAAGUGUAGGAGAUGCAAUAUACCGCUACAUGUACACAGCAGACAAGUUCUCUCCUGAAUAUCUACUUGACUGUCUCAACCUAAGCACUGAACAUGAAGCACUUGAGCUUGCAGACAAGGUUGAAGCUUCAAUGUACACAUGGAGACGCAAAGCCUGCCUGAGCAACUCAAAAUCAUCAUGGGUCAUGGUGAAAGAUCUCAUGUCUGAUACAGACAGGAGUGAUAAAAACCAUGUCUUAGCAGAGCGCGCAGGGUGUUUGUUGUUUUGCCUGAAACAGAGAUAUCCUGAACUUUCACAGACAACGUUGGACACCAGCAAGAUACAAUACAAUAGGGAUGUGGGACAAGCAAUCCUAGAGAGCUACUCAAGAGUAUUGGAAGGUUUGGCAUUCAACAUUGUUGCUUGGAUUGAAGAUGUAGUGUACGUAGAUAAAACCAUGAGAAACCAGGACAGCUAAGAAGAUAGAAACUAUGAACAAGUUCAAGUUUCAAUCACAGUUCUUUCUCAAAUACAACAGUCCACUAGUUUGUAUACCAGAGGAACUUCAUUGCAUAAUAUCCGACGCGACAUGACGCGACGAAAGAAGGGUAUGAGUUGCAAUUAUUCAAAGGGCAAUGCCAAGUUGUUCAAUGUAAUAUGAGAAACACUACCUGAUAUCUCAAUAUCAGCAUUAUCUAUCUGUGUUCAGUAUCUUUCCCACAACCCAACCUAGAAAUUUCCAGAAGUCCAUCACAAUUUUUUCAACUUGUACAAUCUGCCAAUGGUUAGAGUCAUCGGUAAAGUAGCACUAUAUAGCACCAAGACCAACUCCAACUCAUUCUUUAUUUCUCAUUCCUUAGACAUUUUACCGAGCCCAAUAUCAAAAAACC